GCUGAUGCUGCUGGCAAGGGCCAGGCUUCCAGCAAGGGCAAGGGCGAGUGGCAGUGGUCGACCGUCGCCAAGCGUGAUGAGUCCGACAACGAGGCUGAGAAGGACAACCGGGAUGAUGCGAAGGAAGCGGAGAGAGACAAGGAGAAGGAACGACGGAAGGAGAAGGAAAAGGAACGCAGAAAGGAGAAAGAGAAGGAGAAGGAAAGAGAAAAAGACAAAGAGAAGGCCAAGAAAGAGAAGGCACGAAAGACCAAAGCCAAAAAGAAGCGCGAGGAGGAGUCCUACAGCUACUCUUCGUCCUCGGACGAGUCGCGAAGUCGGCGCAGGAAGAAAAAGAAGAAGGAGGUGAAGAAAAAGAAGAAGGCCCAGGAAAAGAAGAAGAAGAGGAAGGACGGCGACUGCCUCCUCGAGAUCGGCAGUUCCAGUAGCGGCGACCUGGAAAUCGUGGCAGAGACUUCCGGGCCGAUCCUGGCGCUCGCCAACAGCACCCCUCCGGAGCCGCCCACGAUGGAGACUGCUUUUGAGGAGGUGACCGAUGAGCAGCGCGAGAAGCAACGACGCCGCUUGGAGCGCUUUAGAGCGAUGCAAGCUGGCUUGACAGAAGGCGAGGGAGAAGGCGAAACGAAAGAGGCCUCGACUCGCCUGGAAGUGAAGGCCUCUGAUGGGGACUCGGUGUUGGCCAAGCUCAGAGCACAGGCUGACAAGACAGAGGAGAAAGAUGAGAAGGCGGAAGGACAAGCAGCGGAAGACGACAAGUCUGCAACUUCCGAGGGGGAGGAUGAAGGAGAGGAAGGCGGCGGAAAGGCCUCCCCUGCGGCGAAGGCAGAGAAAGGCGAGAAGACAGCUGCCGAAGAAGAAUCCGCAGAGGAGCCGGCGAGAUCCAAGGAAGAUGAGGCGACAGAGCCGAACGGAGAGGACAGCGCCACGAGCUCGCCGGCGGUGCAGAGCAAGGAGCAGAAUGACCAGGAGAAGAAAGCUGCCGCUCCCAGUGGCGAGGCCGGUGAGGGUGACGAGGAGGUUGGAUCCCCGGUCGAUGUAAAUGAGCCCGACCUGAAGUGGGAACGUAAGACGAAGACCAAAGCGCCGAAGCCUGGAGACCGAAAGCGUGGAGUACAGUUCGGCGGGGCAUCGCAGGUCGAGACCGAGAAGGGCAACGAAGGCUCGGAGGACGGAAGCGAAACGGAGCUUUUCCAGGAUCUCAAAGCCACCAAGGCCACCGAAGCGACCGAGGCGGAGACACCUGCAGUACCGGCACCGGAGGACGACUUCGCAAAUUUCCUGGACGAGAUCAAAGAGCUGGAUGCUUUGACGGGCCCGGAGUCUUCUGCAGACAAGAUGGAAGAGCUACUCCAGUCCGAGGAGGGCCUGACGUUCAAAGAAAAUGAGCCGCAGCCCACCAAGGCCGCUGAAGCGAACAGCCCGGCCCAAAGCAAGGACGGACAAGAGGCAACAAGGAGCGAUGAAAAGCCUUCGGAGGAAGAGGCGAAGGAAGAGGAGAAGAAGAAAGAAGAAGCCACCGAGAUCAAGGAUGAGCUGAAGGAUGAGGGGGAAGAGGCGAAGCAGGAGGCCGAGGCCAAGGAGAUGAAAGCUGAAGAGGAGAUGAAAGAGGAGGAGGAGGAGGAGGAGCAGGCACCCACAGUGAAAGAAGAGGUAAAGGAGGAAGACGUCGAGAUGAAGGAGGAGACAGUCGGCUCCGAAGCGAAAGCCGAGCAGACCUCCGAAGACGCCCCCGAAGUUGAGCCGAAGGAAGAGGAGGAGGAAGUUGAAUUGGAAGAGGCUCCGCUGGAGAAGGAGGAAGAGAAGGAGGAGGCUGCGCAGGAGAAGGAUGAGGCAAAGGAAGCCCCGAUGAAAGAAGACGCAAAAGAGGACAAGGCGGAAAAGGAUGACGAAGAGGACGAAAUGGCCAACUUCCUGGAAGGAAUCGAGCAGAUCGACGAGGCAAAGAGCAAGGAGCCAGUCCACGAGACGGCCCCUGCAGAGAAGGAAGACACCAGCAUGGAAGUCGACGCGGGCAUCGAGGCGCCGGCAGACGCAGAUGCCGAGCCUCCAGAACCUAUGGAGGAGGAGGAGCAGGAGGAGGAGGGGAAGGACGAGCCCAAGGAAGCCAGCGCAGCCCCUGAUCCCACCGAGGAUGAGGACAUGACUGCGUUUUUGCAGGGCAUCGAGCAGAUUGAGGAGCAGAAACCAGAUGACGCAGACAGAUCUUCCGACGGGAAGGCAGACGACUCGACUAUCCUGGAGUCGGGUGAAGGCACACCCUGCGGAACCGAGGGCGGUGCCACGGAAAGCGCUGAGGACGACUUCGCUGCCUUCCUGGGUGCCUUGGACGAUAUGGAGGAGAAGAAGGAUGGCAAGGCUGAAGAGGAGGCAGCAGAAGAAGGAGACGGCUUGGACGAUCUGCCGGCCGUGGAGAUCAAGCGGCGCUUGCGUGCCGAAG